UUAAUAUUUACUUCAUUAAGUUUAAGGUAUUACGAAUAGUCUCAAGAGAACAGUACAGACGUACUAUAUAUUGCAACGGUCUUAGAGAAUCUAAUUAAAUAAACUUUAAACAUUUUAAUUUAAGUAUUUUAUAAAAAAUGUUUGGAAAGAUCGGGGCUUUAGCUUGUUUUUUAUUGAUUAUACAACACGUAGUACGAACUAAAGCUGGUCAAUGUUCUGAUGUGAACAGCAUUACUUCUUUCACUCCAAAUGAUUUAGCUGGUGUUUGGUAUGUAGUUGCUAGGUAUCCUGAUCCAGGCUUUCUUUGUACUGAAGUUAAAUUUACAUUAUUAUCGAACGAUAACAUGAGAUUAGAGACCACUUACUCAAAUGCACCAGCUCAUCCUUGGGAUAAUGUAACAGUAAGUGCAGUUGUCUGUAGCAAUGUUACGACAGGUGGAUACACUAUCGUGUUUCAUUUAUAUAAUAAUCCCGCAAUGCCGGCAGUAGUUAUGAAAGUAUUAAAAUUAAAUACAAAAACACAUGCGUAUAUUUGUGGAUAUACAAAUUUAAAUGAUAAAAUUUAUGAUAGCUUUACUAUGAUUAUAACACGUAAGCGCAUAAUUCAUUCAAAAAAAUUGGCCGAAUAUGAAGACAGCGCUCCUCCCGGGGUUGACGGUUUCGGGAGUACAGUGAUGAUUCCCAUUGUACAAAGUGAGAGUUGCAAUACUGGGACUACCUCCACUCUAUCAUUUAUGAUUAUGGUUUUAACAUUGUUCUACACAGGUUUCCAGUGGAUUGAAUGA